AAGACCCGCAGGUCCGCUGCGGGGUUGGGAGCGCGCUGGCCCGCGGCGUUGGCCGCGCCGGACCGCGAGCGUGGGCUUCUGCGCGUGGCUCGGUCUUUCCCCGGAGGAAGUGAUGGGGCGCGCGGGCGCCGGUGAGCGGGCGCCGGUGUAGUACGCGCGGCGCCUGACCCGGGAGCGCGGAGGCGGCGGCGGCGGCGGCGGCGGCGGGCGCGGGGAGGCCUCUUAGGGCCGCCGCCCCGAGCGCCCGGCCUCCCGCGCCAUGGCCCCCAUGGGCAUCCGCCUGUCCCCUCUGGGGGUGGCCGUGUUCUGCCUGCUGGGGCUCGGCGUGCUCUACCACCUCUAUUCGGGCUUCCUGGCCGGUCGCUUCAGCCUCUUCGGCCUGGGCGGCGAGCUCGGAGGCGCUGCGGCGGUGCCCAUGGCCGCAGCCGACGGGGGCACCGUGGACCUGCGCGAGAUGCUGGCCGUUUCGGUGCUGGCCGCUGUUCGCGGCGGCGACGAAGUGAGGCGCGUCCGCGAGAGCAACGUCCUCCACGAAAAGUCCAAGGGGAAGACGCGCGAGGGAGCCGAGGACAAGAUGACCAGCGGGGACGUGCUGUCCAACCGCAAGAUGUUCUACCUGCUCAAGACCGCCUUCCCGAACGUACAGAUAAAUACUGAAGAACAUGUGGAUGCAGCUGAUGAGGAGGUUAUCUUAUGGGAUCAUAAGAUACCUGAAGAUAUCCUGAAAGAAAUAUCCACUACUAAAGAGGUACCAGCAGAAAGUGUUACUGUCUGGAUUGACCCACUUGAUGCUACACAGGAAUAUACAGAGGAUCUUCGAAAAUAUGUCACUACAAUGGUGUGUGUGGCUGUAAAUGGUAAACCUGUGCUAGGAGUAAUACAUAAGCCAUUUUCUGAAUACACAGCAUGGGCAAUGGUAGAUGGUGGGUCAAACGUGAAAGCCCACACUUCCUACAACGAGAAGACCCCAAGGAUCGUUGUGUCACGCUCCCAUUCAGGAAUGGUUAAACAAGUUGCUCUUCAGACUUUUGGAAACCAAACUACAAUUAUCCCUGCUGGCGGUGCUGGUUAUAAAGUUUUAGCGCUCUUGGAUGUACCCGAUAAGAGUCAAGAAAAAGCUGAUCUAUAUAUCCACGUGACAUACAUCAAAAAGUGGGAUAUAUGUGCUGGCAAUGCAAUCCUAAAAGCCCUUGGGGGGCAUAUGACUACCUUGAGUGGUGAAGAAAUCAGUUACACUGGUUCUGAUGGCAUUGAAGGUGGGCUCCUCGCCAGCAUCAAAAUGAACCACCAAGCUCUGGUCAGAAAACUCCCAGAUCUAGAGAAGACAGGACAUAAAUAAGCAAAACAUAGGUCACAGCUCUUCCAGAGCUGAAUGGUAGCCUGAAACGCUGGAGGCUUCAAAGCAUCAGUGGAGACUAUGCAUGGUUAAGGCCAUCCCGAACUUUUGAAAGUAUUUAUGAAGCAUCAGAGACAUAUUUUCCCUGUAAUAAGAUGCAAGAUUAGGGAAAAUGGGUUGCUUCGUGUCUCAAGUAUUGUCUUUAUUUUUGAGACUAUUUUCAUACAGUUGUCAUACACAAGGCACAUAUAUAUAUAUACAUGUACAUAUGUGUGUGUGUAUAUAUAUUUGUGAAUUAAAAUCUAAAGCUGAGUCCAUAUUGUUAUGAGUCACCAUUUUAACACAUCAUGAAUCUUCACUGUUUGUUAGUAAUUUCAUAUAGAAUUUAGCUGAAGAAAGGAUUGAUUUUGUGUAGAUGUUUAAUAUUACUUUACAAUUAUAUCAUAAAAAAUAAAUAAUUGGGGAUUUUCUACCCCAAUUCAGAUGGAAAGCACAAGAAGCCACAUAUUCAUUAACAUGCAACAAAUGCUCUAUUUAUCUGUUAUUGAAUGUUUCUUAUGGAUUAAAAUACAGAAAGCUAAAAUUGUUUUUUCUUUGUAAUUUUAAUAACAGGUUAACCAGAUAGUAGAGAAUAUAGGCAUAUGAAAGCCGUGUCGUAAUUUCUGUGUAUGUAUGUUUUGUUUGGGAGGUUUUGAUUUUUUUUGUUUUAUAAAGUAUGUUUGUACCCAUGGGUUCACCAUUUCUGCUAUCUUGCUGUUGGUUUUCAUUUGCCCUGUGGAUAGUGCAUGGUUGCAUCCCUUCGCUCUUGACCAACAGUUAGUCUUUAACUUGUAAGGUUUGGAUUAAGGUUUCAGGGUUAGCACUAGGAUUUUUGGUACAUUUCUCAUUAGGGAUAAAUUAUGCUCUAAAGCAACAAAUACAAAUGAUUCUAUAAUUGAGUUAUUUGACAUUACAUGAAUUGAGCUGGCUUUUGUUAUUUUCAAAAGUUUUGUUUUAGUACUUUAAAAAAAAUUUGCCAGAUUUUUAUAUACAGAUUUUCUAAUUAUCAAGAAUGAGUUAUAGUUGCUCUUGCUAUGGUUGCUUUUAUUCCUAACUUAAACAUACUCUCAAAAGUAGUAACUUUUGAGAUACUUUAUAGUUCCCUUAAAAUUAAAAUAAUGAAGUUUAAAUUUACUUUUUGAAGAUUUUUUUUUCCUAUUGAAUAUGCAGAAUCUGACUGGAAGAAAGUCUGUGGCAUAUUCACUGUGUCACUGUAAUGAGAACCUUGCUCUGUGAACUCUUUCAUUGGGAUGUCUGAUUUCUCUCAACGUGAUAUCUAGAAAUUUCAUGUAUACAAAUACCAUUAUUUAAUGUGAUUUUUUUUCCUUGCAUUCUAUAACACACUGGUAAGGAGAGAGAUUUCUCAUGGUUUCUUUUUAAAAAAAUUCUAACUGUAAAACAACUUUCCACUUAUUUUCCUAUCUUGGAGGUAAAAUUGACCAAAGAAUGGAUAUCCUCACCUGGUGAAUGUGCAUACAACUGUAGGUCUGCGUAUCAUACUGUCCAAAGCCCUUUAAUUCCUCAUUAGGGAAUUGAAUAUAGUAUGAGGCACAUAUUUCUACCCAAUGUCUAGCAAAUGGUCACAGAUAUGAUAGAGUAGUGUGGGCCUCAGUAUAUAGGAUUUUGUUCAGUGAAAAUUGAUACGAAGUUUUGGAACACUUGAUAUUUAAACAGGACUUAGGAAUUCUGAACAGGAUAUUCAAGACCUUAUCUUUUUACUCUGCAAUGAGAUGAGAAAAUCCUUUUUCUCUCAUGAGAGAUGGCAAAAGCAUAAGCUGUUUCCAGAGUCUUAUAAUAAAAGCAUUUAUUUUCAUUGUAGAAAGAGGACUGCCAUAUCAGGAAAUGGGAUUUAAUUAGAGGGCUUUUUCCCCAAUAUUAUAUGGAAACUUUCUGAUUUAAUGAAAAUGAAACAAGUUCAUAUUAACAAGCAUGAUUGCUUUGCUUUAAUUUCUCAUUUCAUUAAGCUGCAUGUAGAUGAUGAUUUUGUGAAGGGCUUGUGUUGUGUGCAAAAAUUAAGAUAUUGGCCGACAGUUAAAUGCUUUAUUAGGUGUAGUCUAGUUACUAAAGAAUUUUUAAGUUUUAAGCUUUUACGAAAAGUUCAUUUAAAAUUUUUGUUUCUAAAAAUCAGUAUACAUUACAGAACUAAUAUAAAUACCAAAAACAGUGUUUAUAUUUAUUUAUAUGAGACAUUAUUGUGCCAGAACAUACAAGGAAAACACCUUCCUGAAUAAUUGAGGCAUGUAAUAUCUCCCAGAAUUACAUAAAUACAGUUUCUGAAAUGUAGCAAAAUAACUAGAAUUUAACUUCGAGUGACCCUUAGGUCCCUACCUCCUGGUCUUCCCUUUCCCUCAUCUUUGCCCUUAUUUAGAGGAUAAUUUUCUCUCAGAACUGAGUUUUGUACAUCUCACUUUAGUAGAAGCAGGAACAUCAGUAACCUCAGUAUUCCUUAGCUGCCCUUGUUCUUUGCCCCUUCACCCAGCUUGUUCCCUAUCUUCCUAGCCCAUUGACAUUCCUUUAUUUCUGCUCUUCACCAGUAUACUCUUCCCCAACACUUAAUCUCUGAAGUCUAUCAUAGACCUGUUUUUCUCAAGUUGGCUGCUGAAAUCUUAGGGUAGAACUGAGAUUCUCUAUGUAUAAAGUUCCCAGUAGGAGAGGUCAGUCCUGGAGGAGUCCUAGUUGAAUAUUACUUUUCAAAGACUCCACAAAAAGUAAAGGGAAAUCACCUUCAUAACCACAAAGCUUUACACUGUCAAGUCUAAAUACAGUGCUUCUCCCUUUACAAAGCAUUUCUUCUGAUCCAUCAUUCAGAGACUGAGAAUGCAGAAAGUAUGAGAGAGUUGGGUAUGUAAGUCUGCAAGAGGAAACUUGCUUUUUCUAUUAGUUCUCAUACUUGUAUUACUAGCUCGGUUGAGGUGAUGGGCCUACAAGAUGGGUCGUAUUUGUCUUUGGUAUUCAAUUGUCCUUCUCUGCCCAAUUGUGUUUUUUUUCUUGAUUUUUAAAAAUAUUUAAAUGAAUUGCUUAUGGCUAUAUAAUGAAAUUAACAGGCAUUUUGGUUUAUGUGUUUUAAGUAAUUGCAAUUCUGUUUGCUGGGUGCUCCUUUUGACUGUUGUGCAAAUUGGGUUAGUGGAACUGGGGAAGGCUAAGUUAAGGCUUUAAAAAGAGAGAGCUGAGAAGGGUAGCAGUGGGAGGAUGCAAAGCAAACCUCUGCCCUGACCCCUGAUCAGGAAUUCUGCUUUGUCUUAGAUGUUUAACAGAAAAGUUAGAUUUUACUCAGGCUUUGAAGGUCACAUCUAUGAUAGCCCAGACAUAAGUAAAGGCUUGAGGGGCGGCUACCUGCUCUUCCUCAGAAAAGAAAUAUCCAGCCUGCUUCUUUUUGAGAACACCUUGAAAAUGGCCUUAUCUUUGGCAGUUUAAAAACAAACUUUUUGGAUUAUUCUAGCUGCAACUACUUAUCUUGGAUCUGUGUUGAUUGGCCCUGAAUAGAAACAAUGAGUUUUCAUUUUAGAUCUUGGUUGAAUUUAAGACAUACUUAGUUAUUUGCAGUACAUGCCUACAAAAAGUCUAUCUUGUAACUUGUGUAAAAUAAACCUAAUCAGUGGUUUUAUUUAUAUCAUUUAAAAAGUUGUGCCUUAACAAUAGGGCAUUGUAUGUUAAUAAGGGAAAACAAUCUUUUUUUAAUGGAUGGGGAAAAUAGGAAUUUUGCCAUUAAAAUUUAAGUUCUUUUAAUGUUUUUAGUAUUAGAGUUGGGGGAGACUCAUUAUGGCUAAAUAAAAAUGAUAGAAAAUUAUUUUUGCAUAAUCUAGCAUUUACAACGAGUACAUUUUUACAAGAACUGGCAUCUUGACGUAUGUAGGUCUGAAAUGAUACUUCAUCCUUUGAGUUUUAAUUUUAAUUAAUAUAAAAACAACAUUUUUUAAAAACUUUAUUUUUAAAUCAUUUCUGUGUGUUGUUAUAUCUGUUCUAGUCCUCUGAUACUUUGGUUUUAAAAAAUAACUAUUUAUUCAUAGUAUCAUGUCAGUAAUUUAUUUUUAAAAAAUACUGCGUGUUGUAUGCUAAAUAGAUUAGUUCCUAGAUGGGGGAAGGCUCUGAUGAGCAGUUACUAAGAGGGCAUGAAGAAUUGAACUUUGUACUUCAAAAGGAGGGUUUGAUUUUAUGAAGUAGUGCUGGUUGUGUAAGUUUAUUUCAUCAAAGCCUGGCAGGUGUUUGCAUUCCAGUUUACCAUUGACAAAAGCUUACUGGAAAACUUUUCUUUUUUUAAAAUUAUUUUUAAAGUGGGUGGUGAAUUAGUUUUGUGGGAAAAGGAAAUUGACAGUUUUCCUUUGAGAUUAAAUAAUAAAGCCAAACUUCCAGAAGUUAAGGAUGAUGAAUAAUAUUAGAACAACUUACUGUAUGUUGUGUUUGUCAGGGUUCCCUGAGGUAUUACAAUUCAUAUGUGUAAAUUGCAAAAGCAGAAACUGUGAUGUUAGAUGAGUAGUAUGUUCUGCUAAAAUUCUUUUUUGAGGUGUAUGUUGUACAGGUAGUAAAUUAUUAUUCAGGAAGACUUGUUCAUCCUGUAUUUUUUUAAACAGGGAAUACAGAAGAAUACCAAGUCAUCGUUAGAUCAGUGAGCCCACAAAGACUUCAUCUUCCCCAAAUUAUCUCCCCUGAGCUCUCUUCGUUAACAUUAAGGAGAGAAUGUUUAUGGCCUUGACUUUAUUGACUUUAUGUGUGAAACAUGGACUGAAAUGUCUGCACCCUCACACCUGCCAGCAGCAGAGGCCAGAGCUAGCUCUGUAGUCUGAGGCCGUGGCGCUGCAGUGGCUUUCCCGUCUGAUGGUGGUACUUAAGCUGCAGAUGGAUAGAGUUAGGUCUACACUAAAACAAUGAAAUGAAACAAGAGGCUGUCUGUGGCCCUGCCUCUGCAAACUUUUUGUUGCCAUCCUCACUUCCUGUCAAUCUCCUUUUUAUAAUGGGCUAACAAUGGUGAGAGGGAUUAGAAUAAAAAUACCUCCCAAUACCCCUUCUUGCAGAUGGUUAAAGCUGCAGGGGAAUGGGUCUGCCUCCUGUUGCUGAGGCAUGCUUGUGUGGACUCCAGAGUCUUUACUGGGCAUGUCGUAGCCUGCCUCACGCCCACCACCGAACUGAAGGGGCCCGCACUUCAACAUCUACAGGGAGGCAAACUCUUCCUGCCAUGUUCUCAGAGUUUUUUUGUUACCUCACCUGUAGCACUCAUUUUUAUAUGCACUGUUGUACACAUCUUAAGGACAGGGAUUACGUCUUGGUGAUAACUUGUAUUUCCACCUCAGCCCUGGCAGCUACCCCCAUGUCUUGAACAAAUUAGGUGCUUAACAUAUGUUGAGCUAAAUCUAAUAAAGGGUUACUACCAGCAUUAGCAUUUCUCAUGCCUUAGUUCUACAAGCUGGUUGGUUGUUUCCUCUGCAAAUAAUUAUCACCUCAAACACACUAUAUGAUUAUUUUAAUUUCUGCUUUCUUUCCUUCAGAGACUACUACCCUGUGGCCAAUUAGCUCUAGAAAAUGUGAUUUCCUCCAGUGAAAUGAUAUUCCCAUAUUCUCUACCCCCGGAUAUACUUUGCCAAACUGAAAUUUGAGUUUUCUGAAUAAAUUGGUCAUGUCUGAAA